UAUGCAAAUACAUCCGCUAUCCGUUAGGCUAAAGUCAUUGAAAGGCAACAAUACCUCUGCAAUGACUGGGACAGAUACCUCUACAAGGAACGGGAUGAGGAUAUCUUCUAUUCACUGUAUUCCUGACUUAAAUGGUAUGGUCAAGUCAAGGAACGGAAAUGUAAAUUUACCCAGCUUACCUCAGACAAUCGAUCUCAUCCGAGAUAACAGUGGUAGCAAUUUCUGCUUCCCAAAUAUUUCCUCGAAACAGAAUAUUAGUUUCAAGACUAUGAAUAAAUCUUUGAAAUUGCGCUUAAAAUAAAGACAAAUCAGCUGAAAAGAUUACGAUAAAUUGCUCAAAGAUAGGGAAACUAAAUUUGAAACCUGCUAAUCAAUACAAAUUUCACAAAUUGCCAAAUAAGCUGACUAAAAUUCCGACUUUCGGGAGCCAACACUCAGCUAGAAAUUACCAUAAGCUGAGCCAUUAUUGCAAGGUUGCCCCAGCCAAACAAAGGGCUAGGUAUAGCCACGAUUGGAAGAGAUUUAGUAUCAAAUAAAAUUCCAAAAUCUCACAGUCAAAAUAAGGUCAGAUGCAGUGAAGAUACAAUGUUUCAUCCUAAGUAUGCCCCGAAAGAAGAGCCAGUGAUUACUCUGAAGCAGACUGAAGACACCCCUUCCAAAAAAUUUGAGAGGAUGCAUAAAAGGAAAUUACAGAGAGUUAAAAGUCAUAAGAAACAACUUGAAUCUGCCUUCAAAAAAUCUUUCUGUACCUUCUUGGAGAAAGUCGAGAAAGUUACCAAAGAAGCUCAAAAAAGUUUUGAUCUGUAGCUUAUGUAAUUUUGAGGUUGCAAACUUAUUUCAGCAC